CCAUAGUAUAUAUAAUAAUUAUCAUUGCCGAUGAUAAACAGUAAACACCAGCGACCAGCUAUAGGCCGUACAGUUUACAGUAAAUUGCCGUUCGGAUCCGGUGUCGACAGCUCAGCGCCAAAACGGUUUUGUAAACGACAACGUUGCCGCCACCCAAAAGCCGAAGGGAGGAUAUUAUAAUAAUUAUAUCGUUAUAAAUUAUUAUGUCCUCCAUCGACGACUUCACCAGGCAAGGGCUGGCGGCCGCAGUAGCCCGUGUGUGCACGCAAAGUGGCUGGGAAACGGCGUCAACGUCGGCUAUACGAACGAUGACUGAUGUGCUACACGAGUAUUGCUCAGGGCUGGCGAAGGCCGUCAAGAAGUACUCCGAAGUCACGGAUUCUACUCUGAUUGGCAGUGGAUCACCGUGCGUUGAAGACGUCGUUAUGGCUUAUCGCGACCGACGCAUUCGCCUAGCAGAAAUUCGAAAAUACCUCAAACACCAGCAAAACAUAGAGACGGAACUGCCAAGUGCAAAUAGACUCAUUCCCCCAUAUCCUGUGCCAGCCAAGUCCACCAACCUGAACAUGAUGAAGCCAGGAAGUAGAGAAAUUGUCACAAGACCAGUUCAUGUACACGAACACCUACCGACAAUGUAUCCGGUUGAACAGCAGUCUGAUGAAAAGUCCAAUCAAAAUUUUAAUACUGCUAACAAUUCAACAACUAACGAUCCAUGGAAUAUUUUGAUUGAGGAUAAUCAACCAAAGAGUUCUGCUUCAGAUAAAAAUGCUGACAGGCCGUUAAUGAAUAACAUAGUAAUGGCACCGGUGCAUAGACGUCUUAGAGAGAUAAAAAGCGUUGUCAUGACGACAUCUGGAUAUUUGUCGCCUUCACGGGAAGGGAGACUACCGGAAUCUAGAUUGGUACUUCCGCCACCUCAGUCCACUAGCUCGUCGUCAACCAAGACAAGUACAGUUACGUCUUCAAAACCGAUUUCAAAUCCUCCAGAAGCAACGACUUCUGUAAAAACAGCAAUAAAGAUUGAAAAUCGCCCACAGCAACGUCAUAUUAAGAAACCGCCCCCUAACAAAAUACCACCGCUAAGCAGUUCUUUUACCAAAGAAAAACCCUCUCUAGCCAGUGGUGGGCAUAAGACCGAUUUGAUUAAAACAGUUAUGAAAAAACCCUUGAAAGAAGAAUUUUCAAGUGUUAAAAAACCAACACCAUCCAAGAAGAUUAGUGCGAUACAGCGAGAACGCAACCACCGCAAAGAACAAACCCCGAAAAGCAAUAGAGACAAACUGAAAACUAAUGCGCUCAACGCAAUUUUUGAUAGAUUGUCCCCGGCCGCAGCAGCUCCUCAAAGUGGACUGUCAUCAUCACAAAGUUCUAGUAAACGUUCGAAAAACAACCAUUCCCACAGUGACGACGAAAGUGAGAAAUUAAAUGCCGAACCUGACAAACGCAAGUUGAAUAUAUUUAAGAAAAUAUCUACCAAAUCAGAUAAAUCAUCAGCGGCACGACAGGCUGCAAAACCUCCUAGCAAUAACACAAUUAACACGCUGUCGCGUCAACACGAACAAACGGCAUCUAGCGUUGCUGUCGCCACCACGUCAGCUGAUGUUUCCAACAUUGAUAACAACAAGAAAAUAAAGAAAGAAAAAACACCCGAGCCCGUUCGAUCAGUUGUUGCUGAUGAAAAACUACCUCCUACUAGUACGAUUACUUCUCUAAAGACUGAGCCGAAAGAGGACCAAGUGCUAAAGCCUAAUCCCGUAGCGAAAAAAAGAAAAAAGAAACAAAAAUCAAUAAUGCCUGUGGAUGAUUUGUUUAUGUCAGAUUUUGCAGUUAUCAAUAAUGUAAAAAAGAAACCAAAAAUAGCAAAUGAUGUGCACCCAAUGCCACCGUCGCCGGUAAAAUUCUCAUUUUUUGGAAACUUACCACCGCCCAUACCACCUUCACUCGCCUCGAAUCCGUUGGUCCCCAAGUACACUAUUCCUCCAUGUAACAUUUUAACGGCAAAAACUGUUGAAAAAUCACCGAAUGCCACUAGCCAAUCAACUCCUGUGUCUUACUUACCGCCCCUACCCGGUGAAGACGACUACCAAAUACCGGAAGAGGUUAGUUCGUCGCCUCCGACUCUCGUUAAAGAAAAAAAAGAAUCGUCGGACGAGAUGAAAAAAGAACGAAAGAAGUCCAAAAAGAAAAAAGAUAAAAAAGACAAGCGCAGAGAGCGUAAACGAAAGAAGGAGGAAAAGUUAUUGGGAAAGUCCAACAAAGAAAAAUCGGAUUCCACUUGCGGAGAAUCCAAUCGUGACGAUUCUAAUAGCGCUGUCGCCGAGGAACCUACAACCAGUAAAGAGGUGGAUUUGUCGCUGGUACCAAAAAUUAAACUCAAACUCGCCGGCUCCAAUACGUCUCCGAGUACAAUGCAGCGUAAACUUGUUAUCAAGCCAAUAAAGAGAAGUAGUAAAUCUCCACCCAUCUCUGACAAAGUAAGGUCUCCCAUCGUCUCAAAGAAAUCGCCAAAUGAAAAACGAAAUGCCGAUACAAUAAUUAAGUCCCCAAAGUACACAAUUAAAGACGACCAUUUGCCGCCGGUGCUAACAAUGGAGACCAAAGAAUUGGUGGAAGUCCAUAAAGAUCGUCGGACUUCCAAAUCGAGAAAAGUUUCAUCUACCACAGACAAUUUUAAAGCUACUACUCCUCCUGUUAACGACAGCAUAGAUGAUGUAGUCAUCAGUUCGCCUCCUUCAACGAGUGUCACUGUGGAUUCGCCAACUAACGUCAACAUUAAGUCAUCGAAAACACACAAAUCAAAACCUCACAAAAAAUCUACUUCUAAAAAAUCUACUGCCAUCCGACAGAACGUACCAGCUGCAUUUUACUAUGAUGAGGCCGGCAACCAAGUGUGGAUCUGUCCUACGUGUACCCAACGGGAUGACGGUAGCCCGAUGAUAGGAUGCGACGGGUGUGAUGCUUGGUACCAUUGGGUCUGUGUCGGCAUCCAGUGCCCGCCCGACUGCGCCGUAUGGUAUUGCAUGUCUUGUCUUGCGGCCAAACGAGUAGCGGCGUCAAAGCGAGGCCGUCCGCCGCUCAAGAAGAAAACGUCGAUAUCUUCUUUAUCAUAGACUUACUAUUAUUAUUAUUUUUUUUUUAUUUAGACUAUAUUCCAAUUAUUGUGCAUUAUUGUUUUUGUGUGAGAUUAUUUUUUUUAUUUUACUAUUCUAAACAAUUUUUCCUAUAUAUUACACCUUUUACGUAAUUAUGUAUUAUCAUGAUAUAAUAUACCUAUUAUCCUUUGUUUAUAGUUAAUAAUAAUUAUCGUCGUGUUGUUACAUACUUUUAUCGGUUUGUAAUCGUACUCUUUGCGUUUUUCUUUAUUUCUUUUCGGUUUUCUUUCAUUAAAAAAUAAAAAUAAACUAUUGUAUGAUACAAUUUGCGAUUGCCCCCCAAAUUUAGAAAAUUGAUUUUGUACAUAGCAAAGUGUACCAUAAUGAUUGAUACGUAUUUGUUUACUCACCCACACCGAUGUGUUAAUACACAAUUUUUGUAAAUUUUUUUUUUUUUGUUUACUUACCCUUUUGAAGUUUCGUGUUGUUGUCGUAUCAUUUUUAAUACUUAUUCGUUAUGCUUUGAAUUAUAUACAAUAUAUGUACAUAAAUAUAAUUUCUUCUUUUUUUUUAAACUUAUACUAAGUUUUAUUUAUAUUAUUAUUGUAUAUUAUACAAUUAUAAUUUUUUCGAAAACAAAAAUUAUUAUCAUUAUUAUUAGUCAAGGUACAUAAUAUAUACGUAUUAUUAUAAUUUAUAACCUUUUACCCAAAUUUUUUAUCAU